AUGGCGCCCGAGCUCGCAGCGGCCGUGGAGGACGGGAGGCUGGGCAGGCACACCCCUGCCCCAGCACGGACCUUGCAGCCCUCAACCCACUCCCCUGCCCCCACGGUGACUGUCUCCACGGUGACGCAGACGGAAGGGCGGCUGUGGGGCAAGGUGAACAUGAGCCCCCAUCCCUGGCCGACCCUGCCCUGGGCCCUGGUCCUGCUGCUGGGACUGCAGCUGCGAGGCCUGGAGGCCAGGGCCCCGUGUCCCCCCCACUCCCCCGCAGCCCCGCACAUUGUCAGCCAGGAGUUCGGUACCUGCCAGCCCCUCUCUGGACCAAAGGACCUCACCCAGCUCUUUGGCUUUGCUCGGAACGCCUUCACUGUGCUGGCCAUGAUGGACUACCCAUACGCCACUGACUUUGUGGGCCACCUUCCUGCCCAGCCCGUCCAGGUUGGCUGCAGCCGGCUGCUGAGCGAGAGCUCGAGGAUCGCGGGGCUUCGCGCGCUGGCCGGGCUGGUGUACAACUCGUCUGGCACAGAACCCUGCUAUGAGAUCUACCUGCAGUACCAGGCCUGCGCCGACCCCACGGGCUGCGGCUGGGGCAGCGACGCCAAGGCCUGGGACUACCAGGCCUGCACUGAGAUCAGCCUGACGUUUUCCAGCAACAACGUGUCAGACCUGUUCCCUGAGCUGCCCUUCACUGAAGCCCAGCGCCAGCAGUACUGCCUGGACACGUGGGGCGUGUGGCCCCGGCGGGACUGGCUGCAGACCAGCUUUGGGGGGGGCGACCUCGCAGCUGCCAGCAACAUCAUCUUCUCCAACGGAGACCUGGACCCCUGGGCGCGGGGCGGGAUCCAGAGCAACCUGAGUGCAUCUGUGCUCGCCAUCACCAUCCGCGGGGGGGCACACCACCUUGACCUCAGAGCCUCCCACCCAGAUGACCCUGCAUCCGUGGUGGAGGCCCGCAGGCUGGAGGCCGCUCUCAUCGGCAAGUGGGUGGAGGCGGCGAGGGGCACGCGGCUCCGGGGAUGAAGGCUGCCUGCCGCAGGGCCAGAGACCACCAGCUGGGGCCUGAGGUGAGGCAGGGGCAGGCGCCAGGCCCCAGCUCCUGCAGCCGGAGCCAUGCCUCGUGGGCAGGGCCUUGCCCAAGGAGGUGCUGGACAAACACUGCUGGCCUGUCAGGCAUGCCGGGUCCUACCCCCGUGCCGUCUGAGGCCCAGGACCCUGGCAGGCUCACACCACCUCCUCAACUCGGCUGUUGAAUAAAGCAGAGUCCUUGGCUC